CAGCGUCGAACGACCGCAUACUUCCAGCAGAGGGACACACAAACAACAUUAAACAAACCCUCACGGAGCUUGAAAUCAUCGUUUUGUCGUUCCACUUACAGACACAUAGACAAAAGCACAACCAUCAUGUCGAUGUCAGUGGCGCAGGCGAUGGCAACUCUUCAAGAGGUGAUGCAAUACGCGGAGGAGGGCAUCCACUACGAUGACGACGGGGAGCUUGAACUACUCACGGUGAGAGUGCCGAGUUACUUCGACGUCAGAGUGAACAUUCGUGCAAGCAUUGCUGCGAACGGAGAGGAGUCGCUCAGAGCACGGAUGCUAUUGGCACGGUUCACUGAGGCGCAUGAUUUGCGUGUAGACAACAGUGUUGAUACCAGUGCAUACAGUUUGAGAAAAGUGGUUGGUUGGAUGUGCACAGAAGGGAUGUCCGAUGAAGGCGACGUGGAUAUGACAAAGCGGCAGAAAGGGGGAACAUACAUGCCAACCGAUUUCAAGCAGACGCUGAUGACAAAGGCGAAGAAAUGGGGAAUGCUUGUUAAAGAUUCUAAGGACGAGAUGAAGAGCGCUCUGUAUCGCCUCAGCAUUGCGACUUCUGAGGUGGACAAAAAUAGGUCAAGGGAAGAAGGAUGGAAGUUGGUGGCCAGGGAAGCAGAUGUUGCACUUCAUGCAGCAGAUGGACACACUUCAGCAGGGGAAGAAAUUGUGAGAACAGUCUUCAUCGUGCGUUCUCCAAUAAACACAAUGUCCACGCAGGAGGUAGAAGAAGAAGAUGUGUUCAAUGACUGGACAAUGACAGGACAACAACGGGAACGAGGGUUCGAAGACUCUUCUUUACCGAUCGAUUUCGAAUAUGACAUUGAAGAAACAAGAGUAAGGAACAAUGAAAAAGAUGCGAGGCCGCCUAACUAUGAGGUGGAAGUGAGUAGCAGCGAUGUGAGCAGCGACGAGGAGGGUGAGGAAUAUGAUGCCUCUUGGGAUAUGGAAGCAGGGGGGGGACAAGCGUCAAAAGGGUGGGCACAUGCGAUUCUUACGUUGGCACGUGUAUUCUCUAAUCCCCAUUUACUGUUGCGUGUCGUGCUGAAGGCGGCAACACCUGAGGGCAUAGUGUCCAAAGACGAUUUCGAUGUCAUCGCCGAUUUCGCCAACUGCAGGAGAUCGCAGACGCUAGACACGCAACUUGCUGCAAACUGCUUCAACAAUGGGGACAACAAUAUUCGCUGUGCCGCAGAGGCACGAAUGUCAGAAUUGAACAUGCUCAAGAGAACAGCCUUUGGGGAUUCUACAGGGGUCCACAUGGUGACGAUCCUCAACUAGAUUACCAUCUCGCUUUGCAACCGGACCG